AUGUCUGAAUGCCGACAGGGGGAUCUCGCAGGAACGCCUCAGCCAGAGAAGACCGGCCGAAGCCAGCCCUCCGUCUUUGUGUCCGUUCAGCAGGAUGGUUCUGUUCCUCCCAUGCCUUGCUGUCAAAAUAUGGUGUUAAAGGCCAUAGCUGGAAAGUUCUGGACUGGCACAGUGUUAUUCAAACUUAAACGCAAGGUGAUAAAACAUGAUGUCGUUACACCUGGGUCCCUUUGUCCGUUGGAGAUUCAGAGUAAUGCUCGCAUACAGCUGGAUCCUUUCCAUCGGAUUUACCUGCAUUGGCGCAGAGCACGCCGCCGCCCCGUGACUCACGCGGUCCCCGCAGCCUUCUCGGACCUGCUGCCGCACUUCCUGGUGGAGCCGGACGACGUGUACAUCGUGAAGAACAAGCCGGUGACCCUCACGUGCCGCUCCACGCCCGCCACGCAGAUCUACUUCAAGUGCAACGGCGAGUGGGUGCACCAGGACGACCACGUCAUCGAGCACACCAUCGACCCGGCCACAGGACUGCCCAUCAUGCAGGUGAUGAUUGAUAUCACUCGACAGCAGGUGGAGAAGAUAUUUGGCCUGGAGGAUUACUGGUGUCAGUGUGUUGCCUGGAGCACCACGGGAACCCAGAAGAGCCAAAAGGCAUAUGUGCGGAUUGCAUAUCUGAGGAAGAACUUUGAAGAGGAGCCGCUGGGCAAAGAGGUGGCGCUGGACCAGGAGGUGCUGUUGCGAUGCCACCCCCCGGAGGGUGUGCCAGUCGCCGAGGUGGAGUGGCAGCGGAACGAUGAAGUGCUGGACCCGAAGAUGGACCCCAACUUCUUCAUCACGUCCGACCACAACCUCAUCAUCAAGCAGGCGCGCCUGGCCGACACGGGCAACUACACCUGCGUGGCCAAGAACAUCGUGGCCCGCCGCAAGAGCUCCUCCGCCAUAGUCAUCGUCUACGUGAAUGGCGGCUGGUCCACGUGGUCCACGUGGUCAGCGUGCAGUGCCGUGUGCGGCCGGGGCUGGCAGAAGAGGAGCCGCAGCUGCACUAACCCACCCCCCCUCAACGGAGGCAGCUCCUGCGAGGGGCAGAGCGUCCAGAAAAGCGCCUGCACCGCCACCUGUCCAGUGGAUGGUGGCUGGAGCGAGUGGAGCAAGUGGUCGGUGUGUGGAGCCGACUGCGCGAUGUGGCGGAGCCGCGAGUGCACCCAGCCCACGCCCGGCACCGGCGGCAAGGACUGCCAGGGCAUCGACCUCCAGUCCCUCAACUGCACCAGCGAGCAAUGCCCGCAGACGGUGUCUGGAGCGGAGGACGUGGCGCUCUACGUGGGCAUGGUGGCGGUGGCGCUGUGCCUGACGCUGCUGCUCAUCGUGGUGGUGCUGGUGUACCGGCGACGGAAGGGCGGCCUGGACGCCGAUGUGGCCGACUCGUCCAUCCUCACCACUGGCUUCCAGCCCAUGGGCGUCAAGCCCACCAAGCCAGGUGUGUGGGCUCCACACAGGCCGCCCCGCAGCAAGAAUUCCCACUUGCUGACCAUCCAUCCGGACCUGACCACCACUACUACCAGCUACCAGGGCACCCUGCGCUCGCGGCACGACGCCACCAUGGCAACCAUGGGCAAGUUCUCCAUGAGCAACGGGCCCCUCCUGGAGCCACUGCCCAACGGCUCCCACACGCUGCACAAUGGCAAGCUGCCCGCCGACCCCGACGACUUCAUGAGCCGCCUGUCCACGCAGACCUACUUCAAAACGCUGCCCCGCGACACCGCCAACACCUCCUACGGCACGUUCAACUUCCUGGGAGGCCGACUAACGCUCCCAAACACAGGAAUCAGUCUGCUCAUCCCUCCUGAGGCCAUCCCGAGAGGGAAGAUCUACGAGAUCUAUCUGACCGUUCAGAAGAAGGAAGAUUUAAGACUGCCCCUCGCUGGCGGCCAGACGCUGCUGGGCCCGGUGGUGAGCUGCGGGCCGCCCGGCGUGAUGCUGACCCGGCCCGUGAUCCUCAGCAUGGACCACUGCUCUGACGCCGUCCCCGAGAACUGGGCCGUCCGGCUGAAGAAGCAGACGUACGAGGGCGCUUGGGAGGACGUGCUGGUGCUGGGGGAGGAGCUGGCGUCAGAGCCCUACUACUGCCAGCUGGAGACGGACACGUGCCGCCUGUUCACGGAGCACCUGGGCCGCCUGGCGCUCGUGGGCGAGUCGCUCAGCAUGGUCGCCGCCAAGCGCCUCAAACUGGUGCUGUUCGCACCGGCCUACUGCGCCACACUCGAGUACAGCAUCCGCGUCUACUGCAUGGACGACACGCAGGACGUCUUCACGGAGGUAAUGCAGAUGGAGAAACAGCUGGGGGGUCGGCUGAUCGACGAGCCCCGCGUCCUGCUCUUCAAAGACAGCUACCACAACCUGCGCCUGUCCAUCCAUGACUUGCCCCAAGCCCAGUGGAGGAGUAAGCUGCUUGCCGGCUACCAGGAGAUUCCGUUCUACCACAUCUGGAGCGGCUCCCAGCGCAGCCUGCACUGCACCUUCACUCUGGAGCGCCUGAGCCUCAGCACCUGCGAUCUCACCGGCCAGCUGUGCGUCUGGCAGGUGGAGGGGGAGGGACAGAGCUUCAGCCUGGACUUCAACAUCGCCAAGGACAACCGGACCCUGGAUUACGAGUCUUUGCUGAUGGACAACAGCACCCCGGCCCUGGCCGGCCCCAGCGCGUUCCAGAUCCCUUACCUCAUCCGGCAGAAGAUUUGCAGCAGCCUGGACGCCCCCUGCCCCAACGGAGCCGACUGGAGGCUACUGGCCCAGAGGCUGAAACUCGACAGGCACAUGAGCUUCUUUGCGACCAAGCCGAGCCCCACCUCUGUGAUCCUGGACUUGUGGGAGUCGCAGCACUUCCACAGCGGCAACCUCAACCAGCUGGCCGCCGUCAUGGCCGAGAUCGGCAAGCAGGAGGCCAUGAUUUUCCUGGUGUCGGACGGCGAGUGCUAACCCCGAUUAGCGGCGACCGCAAACAGUGAAUAUACAUAUACACACACAAACACAAAGCGACCGCAACAGUGGUUACAGACACAUACGCACAUGCGCAGACAAACACACACACACACACACACACACACACAGUGACUGCAACAGUGGACACACGCGCGCGCACACACACACACACACACUCCCACACACAAACACACACACUGGUUUGGGACUGAGGGGGGUGUCAGGAGCUCUGACACCUCCUCGUCACCUCCUCCUCGCCUGUAGGAGGAGCCAAAAUGAACACCCCCUUCAGACGGAGUAGCACUGACUGUACUGAGCCGCUGAAGUCCAUUCCCUCAUACCGAGAGAUGAGUCCACUCCCCCAGCCUGUGUGCGCCGGCUUACAAGAGCCCAGCGUGUCCAUCUUUUUGGCCUAUGAGAGUCCAGCGUGUCCAUCUUUUGGUGUUUUGUGAGCAAAGUCGAGCAAGGGGAAAAAUGAGAGCUUUCCGCAAAGAUCCACAAUUAGAUGUUUGGUUGCCAUGGGAGGGGGAUGGGGGGGAGGCAGAGCGCGACAUGGUGUGAUUGGUUCACUGCCACAGGAAGUAGAAGGAAAGUCAAAUUGAGCAUUUUUAUUUCUGUGGUAUUUUAUUUUGUUGUUUCUUCUGCUAUUCCUCAUACAAUCAAUUUGCCCAAUACCUUUUUCAUGAGUGAUUCUGCAUUGUUUAGGAAGGAAAUCAAGGAUAAAAUGAUGGCAGCAUGGCAGGAGGUAAAAUGAACAAAAGUUCAAGAUGAUUAAAAAGUGACUUUUAUGUGUAUAUAUUUUAAAAUGCAAUAUGUAGAAAUGGGCCUAAACUGUGUUGACUCCCACGAUGAGUCACACACAAGUAACCAAAUUAGGAUGGAUCAGAUUUAAGGAUGGUUGGAAAAAAAGGUAUUAAAAAAAGAAUACUGCCCAAUACCAGUUCAGGUGUCUCUCCUUGGCUCUAUGCGAUGGAGUGACGAAAGGAACAGCCAUAUUUAUAAUGGAAAGCCACUUUAUGCAAUUUGCUGUGCGGGAGAUCUGCAGGAGAGGCCAUGUCAAAGAACGCUGGCCGAUUCACACCAGAUGUGUCGGGAGUCUGCCUGCCACUUGGACAAGGCUUGGGUUAGAUAUUCUCUUUGUUGUUGCUAGUCAGUUUGUCUGUAAUGUUGAAAAAAAUGCUUUAAAGUGAGUUUAGUCACCCAUUCAAGUCUAUUUUCCAGGUGCAAGGUGUAGCUGUUGACCCGUCUUUGUGACUUCAGUGCGAAGCACAAAAUUCAACUUAAUUGGCUAGAGAAUUUAAAUAUGCUGUGUCAUCCAGGGGAAAAAUUGACCAUCUAGCAUAGUUGCAAAUCAAAGAUGGAUUAUCCAUCCGUAAUAUUUGUCUGUCAGUACAGUAGACAAAAGCAAACAGCUCACACUGCAUAUCGGAAGCAAAAUGGCACAUUGCUGAAUGCUUUCUUUUCUGUUGAUAAUAUAAUGUGUCGUGAUGGUUCUCUUUUUUAUAUGUAAGCCGUCCGGCUAUAGGGCAUUCAAUGUAUGUGUGUGUGAAAGCUCAUACAUUUUCCAAAUGUAUCUCCAGAAGCAAAUUAUUUUUGAUAGCAUUAUUUCUGUGAGGAUAAUGGAUGUUUUACCGCAGGUUAUGGCAGGCACCACUAAGAGAGAGGUAUAUUUCCUCUUUAAAUCAAUAAGGCAGAGGAAUGACUAACAUUGUGUGAAAACCAUAGAAGAGAUUGCGGUGAGCAAUUUGUGUCCAAUAAUGGCUUAUUAGGUUCAAAAUGUGAACCUAGCCACGCUUAAAGGGACACUCCUCAAAAAACCUGGUUCUCUGGUUCUAGAGAAUAGUUUGGUGUUCUAGGUUUUAUUUCACACCUAACUCUAUGGAGUUCUGCUUCACUGUAAGGGUUCUAGGGUUCCUUCUGCCUCCACAAAUGUCUGUCUGAGUGUCUUUGCUGAAUCCGUGAAUGUGGAGAUGUUUCGAGGGUCAGCCGGAGGCUUCAGAGGAGAAUAGUUAAGGCUGUGAGAAAAAAAAUCCAAGAGGGAAUUCUUGCUCUCUCUCUCUCUCCAGAAACUCUGGAGGUCAAGUGGGUGGAGAGGACAUGUUUCUCAAAAGAUCCUUCCCAGUACGCAGUCUCACACAGAAUGAAAGGCUGUUCACAGGGCAUAACUAACCGUCUAAUUAAAUUAAUGGCCAUAUGCUUCAGGCAUUUCCGAGUUGUUCAGAUUCAUAUUAUCAGUCUUUGUGUUCAAAUCAGCACUGUCAUUCUAGCGAUUUGUGAUAUAAUAGUUCCUCUAAACUGCCUUUGGAAUGAGUUCCUUUGUAUCAAGAACAAAAUGUUCAUGUAUACCCUAGUACCCACGAGUGGCACUGACUACCAAAGUUAUAAAUAUGUAUCAACACACACAUACACACACACUAUUUACAUGUUUUUUUUAUCAUUUUAUUUUCCAUUGCCUUUUAAAGACAUUUCUGUCAGGUUCAUAAUAUCACUUGUGUAAUGCCAUCCCACACAUCUUCAGAUCAUGCAGGAUUAUUUACCGUGACUAAUAAAUCGCAUUUGUCAUUCUAACCAGAGACAACACUCAAUCUGUUUUAUUAUAGCACUUUGUAAAGUAAAUGUACAUGAUUUUAAUAUGGACCCAAAAAAGACAGACUGCUGGCGUAACAUUUGUCAAUCGUAUAACCUGUGACGUGUUUGCCUACUGUUCAUUGGUUAUAUAGCAUUAAACAAAUACUUUUUCUGCGGUGUUUAAGGUUUAGACUGUUUGCCAGAAGCUUGUAUACUUUGUUUUGUUUUUUGUUUUUGUCCUGAUGCUGUGUACGUAUGUUUGUACAGUUUUGAGCUCAUGACUUGACAAGUAACUAACGUAUCACGCCUACACAUGUUGACAGUUGGAGAAAGACACCCCAGUUAAAACACAUCUGUCCAAGAAGACUGUAGUAUGGUGUCGAGAAGAAUAACAUUGCUUCCGUACACACAGUAUCCAUACGUCCAUUACACAGGUCUCAGGUAGUCUCCCCUGACCACAGGACAUCCCACAGGAAGAGCAGGAGUGUCUCAUUCGUCACUUUGACUUGUCCUAUCAAGCACUACUACUGUAUUAGCUUCUUCUUUGACUACUGUGCGUGUGUCCAUUCUUGUUCACUAACACACAAGCCCUGUCGUGCAUUAUUCCACACUGGACACAGCAUUAUCAUCGCAGCCUACUGUUACUUGCAGAGAGAUGGUAUAGCAGCCAAAUUUCCCCCACACACAAAAAAGUGUUCCCUUGUUGGCACAUAAGCAGUUAGUAGCUCACUCCUGAUAAAACCCAGAGAAGCUAACGCUUUUCCCCGAUGACUGGGCUUUCUUUUCUCAGCUUCAUGCAUAGUUGUUCUGUCGUCAGCUGACAUAUGUUCAGUGUGUGUGUGUGUGUGUGUGAGUGAGUGUGUCAGUAUGAAUGUAUGUAUGUAUGUAUGUGGGUGUGCUUCUACUUUUUGCUCUGACGGUUGUUUUGUUACUUUUCACUUUUUUUUUUUCAAAACUGAGAACAAUAGAAUUGUGUACCUGUGAAUGUUUUAAUUGAAUUUCUUUAUUCAAUGUUUCUUGCCUUUCUGCAAGUCAAAAAUGCUGUACUUAUAACAUGACACAGCGCUUAUGCAAUUGUAUAAUUAUUUUCUUUAGUUAUAAUUAUUUAUUCUUUUUUUUUUACUUUUCCUUAUUCUAUCAAUGUAAAUUGUCGUCAACAAUUUUGUGGAAAUGGGACACCUUCUAUCCUUGAAGGUUCUCUGUACUUUUUGGACAAUGAUAUGGAUUUGUGGGUAGAAUUUUGGAAAUUGGUUUCUAAGUGCUUUCAAGUCUUUACUUGGCCUUAUGUACAUAUAUAUCUAUGAAAUUUCAGAAAGGUAUGUAUAGUAAUUCAACCUGAAAUGGAUGUAAAUAAAUUAUAUAUUGUUAA